CUGCAAUCCACCCGUCUAAGGUCCUCAGUCCACUAUAAAACUGAAGAAAAUUCCUCUUGACCUGCAGGAAACUAAACCCAGCCCUCGCUCUUUGCUUCCUCCCCCGCGUUCCAGUCCCCUCCUCCUGCUGUACUCGGGUGUGCCCAUAUCGUUGUGGAAUCUACGAGAACCCACUCGGUGAAGCUUCACGGAUUCCAGCCUCUGUCAUCGUUUCGUCACCUCUCGUAUGACCAAUACGGAAAAUAUACUGCUUUCAUUUCUUUGACUGUGAAGUUGUUGCGUCGCUACUACGGUUGUUAGACCAUCAAGCAGCGAACUGACGGCGAAUUCACCACAUUUUACCUCUCCUACAAACAUUAGCGCCCAAUCGAAAUCUACACUCGAUAUAUACACUUCUCCCUCUCCUCCAACUCUCUGCACAUUGCUCCCGCGCAUCCGCCCGCGAGGCACCACGGCCAAAAUGCCUUUCGCGCCCGGCUCCAAAGACAACGGCCGCCUCCUCCUCGUCUCGAAUCGUCUUCCCAUCACAAUCAAGCGGUCGGAAGAAGGGAAAUAUGAUUUUACCAUGUCGUCCGGUGGUCUCGUCAGCGGGUUGAGUGGAUUGUCAAAGUCAACCACCUUCCAGUGGUACGGCUGGACCGGCCUGGAGAUCCCUGAGGACGAAGUACCCAUGCUGAAGACGAGACUUUUCGACGAGUACCAGGCAGUACCCAUCAUGCUUGAUGAUGAGCUCGCGGACAAACACUACAACGGCUUCUCAAACUCCAUCCUCUGGCCCCUGUUCCACUACCACCCCGGCGAGAUUACCUUCGACGAGUCGGCGUGGAUCGCAUACACUGAGGCUAACCGGUUGUUCGCAAAGGCUGUCGCCAAGGAUGUCCAAGAUAACGACAUGGUCUGGGUCCAUGACUACCAUCUCAUGCUCCUGCCAGCCAUGUUACGCGAAGAGAUUGGCACGUCGAAGAAGAACGUCAAGCUCGGCUUCUUUCUACACACACCAUUCCCAAGCUCAGAGAUCUACCGCAUUUUGCCUGUGCGCAACGAGAUCUUGCUUGGCGUCCUUCACUGCGAUCUGAUUGGAUUCCACACAUACGACUACGCCAGGCAUUUCCUGAGCAGUUGUUCGCGCAUAUUAGGACUCGCGACCACUCCGAACGGUGUCGAAUUUCAAGGCAAGGUGGUCACGGUUGGCGCCUUCCCUAUUGGUAUCGACCCCGAUAAGUUUAAUGAGGGGCUUAAGAAGCCAAAAGUGCAGGAGCGCAUUGCCACCCUCAAGCGAAAAUUCCAAGGCGUCAAGCUCAUCGUCGGCGUCGACCGUCUAGACUAUAUCAAGGGCGUUCCGCAAAAGCUCCACGCCCUCGAAGUCUUCCUGACAGAGCAUCCCGAAUGGAUAGGAAAGAUCGUUCUCGUCCAAGUUGCUGUCCCAAGUCGUCAGGACGUCGAAGAAUAUCAGAACCUACGGUCGUCCGUCAAUGAGCUGGUUGGAAGAAUCAACGGCAAGUUCGGCACGAUCGAGUUCAUGCCUAUCCAUUUCAUGCACAAGUCGGUCUCCUUCGAUGAGCUCAUCGCGCUGUACGCUGUGUCAGACGUAUGUCUAGUCUCGUCAACACGUGAUGGAAUGAACUUGGUGUCGUACGAAUACAUCGCAACCCAGCAGGAGAGACAUGGAGUCAUGAUCUUGUCCGAGUUCACCGGUGCUGCGCAAAGUCUGAACGGCAGCAUAAUCGUCAACCCUUGGAACACAGAAGAAUUGGCUGAUGCGAUCCACGAUGCCGUGACCAUGGGUGAAGAAGCGCGUACGAUCAACUAUGAGAAACUUGCCAAAUACGUCAAUAAGUACACCAGCGCAUGGUGGGGUCAAUCUUUCGUCGCCGAACUUCAGCGAAUCUCAGAGCAGGCAGAAAAGAAACUCAAGAUCCGCCGAGGCUCCAUCCUAGAGGGUCGCGAAAGCAUUCCGGUGGAGGACACUACUCCCCGACUUGCCACUGCACCAACGCCUGCCGCCACGCAGGAGUCAGAAGUAAUCUUGCCGUAGUGGCGAUGCGAUGUCCUUGCGCAUCUACCUCUCAAUACACACAUAUCAUAGGUCUCGUAAGGGGUUUCAGUUUGCAUCUGCGUGGGUUCAAGCAUAGGGCGUAUGUACACAUGGGAUGAAAUAUCCCCAUUCUUCUAACCUGAUUACUGUUGUCCUUCUCUUUCUCCUUGUUUUUGUCGUUUCAGGGAACAAAACACGCUGAGCCGGCGAGCAGGCGUGGUUCGGCGAUAUGGGGUCUGGUGUAGAUGGCAUGUUGCGAUCACUCGCAUUGUGUGCGCGAGAUGGACUACCCCCUUUGUCUUUUUACUGCCCUUUCAGCUGUCCUGUAUUCCGUUCCUAUGUUCUCUCUAUGACUCUGUAGACCUGUGUGUGGACUCCUGAGAAUACUGAAUCACUU